UGAAACUUCCGCGUUGCUUUUUGCCUUUCAAUUCAUUGUUAGAGCGUUAUGUCUCUGGACCCAGUUGCGCAGUUUCUUUACCCAAAUGAUGCUCCGGUGACCCAUAAGCCUGUGUGUGUGGGAGCUGAUGGCAAUUGCUUUUUUCGGGCUGUUGCAAUGUCCUUGACAGGAAAGGAAGAAAAUCACAAGCAACUCCGUCAGCAAGUUGCAGAACAGCUCUGCAACAAGCCACAGGCAAUUGCAGCUGCUUUGAUUGAAAAAUCUUCGUCUUGUCCAGGUGUGAAUCCUUCUUCACUCAUUGCCACGUUUCUUUCUGAUGAGAGUUACAGCGUGUUCAAAGCCGCAAAGGAAGUGGGAAAGGGCACUGAGGACAGUCUAGCUUUAGCUGUGGUGAAGGAGGGCAAUGAGACAAAGAAAUUUGGAAGUUGGUGUGGGAUGGUGCAAGUCUAUGGUGCAGCUGCAGCAAUUGGUUGUUCCAUCAACAUUCAAAAUAAUGAUAUUCAUAUCAUGUGGUCUAGCACAACUCAGCCAGCAACUCUUAAGGGAAAUGUUCAACUCAAUCACUUUGUGCCUUUGCUACCCAGAUCAGCCACUAAUCUCAGUUACCAUGCCGAAAGUGACAUUCCUGCCUCUGAUUGCUGUGAUGAGUCUGACUCUGACAAACUUGAAUCUACCUUUGGCUUCAGUGAUGAUGAGAAUGCCAGUGAAUUUGUUGUAAUGAAAACCCUUAGAAAAUCAAGAAAGUCAAAGAGAAUUGAACCAAAGUCAUGGUCAUUGUCUGGAUUCCAACCUAAGAGCCCAAGGGUUUGUGCAAUACCUUCGAACAUGGAUAUUACAGUAGAAACUAUGCAUGAAGAUUCUGGCAUACCUGUUGACUCACACCACACUGCAGCCCAAGAAAGUCAAAAUGGUGACAAGCCGGCAUAUGGCAAUGCUUCUCGCACAACUCAACGUGCUAUGGCUGCCACUGCUACUAAGCCAAAGGGUUCUGAAAGCAAGUCUUCCAAGAUCAAGCAAACUCUUGAUUCCUGGUUAUUAAGUAACAAGAACAAACAUGUACAGAAAGACCAAAGGGAGAUUACAAAUAGUCAUCCGAUUACAACCAUUCCAGAGCUUGCAAAAACACCAGUACGUCAAAAUGUGUCAUCAACCACAUGCAGACGUCAUAUAUCAAAAGAAACAUUUAUGGGGUGGAAAAGAAGCCAUGAAGCUGAUUAUCAAACUAUGUCAUGGCUUAAAUGUGAAGUGAUGAAAGAUAAUCCUUCAAUGGUUGAUAUUUUGUGGUGUGAGGUGUGUCGAACAUACCAAUCUAAGGUAUGUGGCACUAAGCAUUUCUCCAGAACGUGGAUUGAUGGGUCAAGAAAUCACAGAACCAACAAUGUCAUUGAUCAUGCUGGGAGUGCUCAGCAUCAAGCUGCAAUGUCCUACAAGCGAAAAGAAACAGCAAGAGAGAGGAGAGAGCCAGUGACGGAUUACAGUGAGAUUGCCAGAAGUUUUAAGAUGAAGCCGGAGACCAAAGCAAGGAUGAUGAAGAAAUUUGAAAUAUGUUAUUUUCUGGCAAAAGAAAACUUUCCAUUCGUAAAAUAUCCAUCUAUCUGUGCUCUUGAAAAACGACAUGGUGUUGAGCUGGGAGAGGCAUAUUCAACUGAUGUAGCAGCUAGUCACUUUGUGCAUUAUAUUGCUGAAAGUCAGCGACAGCAUUUCAAACAAACAGUGGCAGCACCUUUCUUCAGCAUCUUGAUGGAUAGUUCAGCUGACAAAGGAAAAGUGGAGAAUGAGUCGUUUGCAAUCAUCUAUUCUGAGAGUGAUCACACCUCUGAAAAGCUAAUAACUCGAAGUCGAUACUUCAAAGUACUGGAACCGUCUAAGGCUGAUUCUGCUGGACUCUUCGAUUGCCUACAAGAAGCUCUGAAAGAUAUGGGUAUAAGAGAUUUGAUGAAUCCAGAAAAUGUGCUGCAAGUCAAAAAUUUGCCAAUUCUUGUUGGUGUGGGAACUGAUGGUGCUGCUGUAAACAUCUCAGAGAUACGUGGACUAAAAGCAAAAGUUCAGAAUGUUCUGCCAUGGAUUUUCUGGAUGUGGUGUUUUGCCCAUCGACUAGAACUGGCAAGCAGAGACGCUCUCUCCAAUCCAGUAUUUAAAGAAAUAGAUGAAAUGCUUCUUAGGAUCUAUUAUCUUUACAACAAGUCUCCCAAGAAAUGUAGGGAACUGAGGGCUAUUGUGAACGAUUUGAAAGAAGUAUACAAUUUUCCAAGGGGUGGCAACCUACCAGUGAGAGCAUCAGGAAGCAGAUGGAUUGUUCAUAAGCGAAGAGCACUCCACAGAGUUCUCGAUAGGUAUGGGGCUUACAUGAACCACCUAGCAAGCCUCUGUGAAGAUGCUAGUCUUAGAAGCCCUGAUCGGCAGCGUCUAAAAGGUUAUUUGACAAAGUGGACUCAUGCAAAAAUAAUUCUGUCCUGUGCCCAUUACAUAGAUAUUUUAGAUCCCGCCGCUAGUCUGAGCUUGUCUUUACAGGAAGAUGAUCUUGAUAUCAUUAAGGCAAUUCAAUCAGUACUCAAAAGUCACCGAGCCAUGGAACAGUUGAAAGAAACUCCCUUAACCAAUUGGUUUGCAAGCAGACGUGUCAUGGACAAUCUAAUAGAAAGUGCAGAUGGCAAAAUGACGUAUCAAGGAAUUGAAUUACAUCACUUCAAUGAUGUUGUUGUGAACAGCUGCAGACAGCAAGCUUUAAGUGAUCUGAGAAGAUUGGAUGAUGAAUUGAAGGAAAGACUUUCAUGGUCAGACACAAAACUUAUGAGGGCUAUUAUGGUUUUCUUGGACACACAAGCCUGGUACUCACACAAAACCGAUGAGUCUUUCUCUCAUCAGCUUACAGAGGCUGUUUCAAUGCUAGUUGAGAAUUUCCGAGCUCCUCUCGAGGCCAAGGCUACUGAUCUAGCAGCAAUUCAGGAAGAAGCCAAGGAGAUGCUUGACUAUGCACAUCAAUAUCUUCGAGUGGACAGAGAUGGGUAUCAACAUGUUUGGUACCGCUUGGCGUUUGGACCUGACUGCACGCAAUUUAGGAAUUUAGUUGCUAUUGCACAGCUCCUUUUCAGCUUACCGUUUAGUACUGCAAAAGUAGAACGCCUUUUCUCCCGCUUAAAACUUAUUAAAACUGAUCGUAGAACAAGUCUUAGUCAGGAGACGUUAUCUGAUCUGCUAGAGGUCAGUGUUGAGGGAACUGAACUUGAAAAUUUUGAUUCAAGCGCUGCUGUACAGUUAUGGUGGUCAGACUGUUCAAGAACUCGUCAUGAAAGUCAUCCCAAAAAAAUAAAAAUUGAAUGCAGCAGCGAGACCAUUCAUCAACAAGAAGACACUUCAGCGAUCAAUGAGGCAACUGAAACAAUAUGUGAGGCAGAGCAGUCGGUAUCUCUGGAUGAUUGGGACUCUUGGAUCUUGAAUGAUGAGUGAAAUAUGGUCACAGUACCACAACUUGCAUUGUCACACUACCACAACUUGCAUCGUCACAUGCACUAGCACAACUUGCAUGAUGUCAGAAUAGCAUCUCAGAUCUGUAGUAACUAGUUAUGUUCGAACAAAUAUGCUUAUAGUGUGGUGUUAGAGUAAAUUGCUUAAUUUGAUGUAAAACUGUAACAUUAUAAAGGAAAGCAGUUCACAGUUUGCUAUGUUUUGUUAGUUACUGCAAUUUUAGGUGCUUUCAUGUUGUAAACUAAUGCCUACUUCCUUAGUAAUAUGUGUAUUCAACUGACUCUUGUUUCUUGGUUUAUGAUUGCUAAUUAAAUUAGAGAUUACUAAUUUUUGAUUACUAACUGCUUUUGAUUACUAAUUAAAUUAGACGACCGGUAAAAAAUUUGAAUGACCGGCUAACUUCUGGCAUUACUGGCCAUACGGCCGACUAACUUUGAAAACUAAU